UUCAUCUACGUGCACAAGCCGCCCGUGCACAUCCGCUUCGAUGAGAUCUCCUUCGUCAACUUCGCCCGCGGGACCACCACCACCCGCUCCUUCGACUUCGAGAUCGAGACCAAGCAGGGCACGCAGUACACCUUCAGCAGCAUCGAGAGGGAGGAGUACGGGAAACUCUUUGACUUUGUCAACGCCAAGAAGCUGAACAUCAAGAACCGAGGCCUCAAGGAGGGCAUGAAGCAGAGCUAUGAUGAAUACGCCGACUCCGAUGAGGACCAGCACGACGCCUACUUGGAGAGGAUGAAGGAGGAGGGCAAGAUCCGGGAGGAGAACGCCAACGACAGCAGCGACGGCUCUGGGGAGGAGACAGAUGAGUCCUUCAACCCUGGAGAAGAGGAUGAUGAUGUAGCUGAAGAGUUUGACAGCAACGCCUCGGCCAGCUCCUCCAGCGGUGACGGCGACAGCGACCGGGACGAGAAGAAGCCCGCCAAGAAGGCCAAGAUCGUCAAAGACCGCAAGCCCCGCAAGAAGCAGCUGGAGAGCAAGAAAGGGAAAGACCCCAACGCUCCCAAGCGGCCGAUGUCGGCUUACAUGCUCUGGCUGAACGCCAGCCGCGAGAAGAUCAAGUCAGACCAUCCUGGCAUCAGCAUCACGGACUUGUCCAAGAAGGCUGGGGAGCUCUGGAAAGCCAUGUCCAAGGAGAAGAAGGAGGAGUGGGAUCGCAAAGCGGAGGAUGCCAGGAGGGACUACGAGAGGGCCAUGAAGGAGUACAGCGUGGGCGGCAAGUCGGAGAGCUCCAAGGCGGAGAGGUCUAAAAAGAAGAAGAAGAAGCAGGAGAAGCAGAUGAAGGGGAAAGUGGAGAAGAAAGGUGCCACCUCCAAGUCUUCGUCCUCCACCAAAUCCCCUGCCAAGAACAUGAGCGAGAGCUUCAAGAGCAAGGAGUUUGUCUCCAGUGACGAGAGCUCCUCGGGAGAGAGCAAGAAGGAGGUGGGGCCCUCGGCCGGCUGGG